GCACGGCAGCCGGGGGCCAUGUCUGCGCCGCCACCUCUGCAGAUCCGGGAGGCGAACGCGCACCUGGCCGCCGUGCACCGACGCGCAGCGGAGCUGGAGAGGCGGCUGCUGGCGGCUGAGCGCACGAUUGGUGCGCAGGCCGAGCGCCUGGCCUGCCACGACCAGCACCUGCGCGCCGCCCUGGAUGAGCUGGGUCGCGCCAAGGACCGGGAGAUAUCUGCCCUCCAAGAGCAGCUGCUGAGCUCUGAGGCCACAGUUCGCAGCCUGCAGGCCGCAGUGGACCAGAGGGACCAGAUGAUCCAGCAGCUACAGCCUCGGGCUGACCUGCUGCAGGACAUCACUCGCCACCGACCACCCCUGGCCGCACUGUUGGCCACCCUGGAGGAGGCAGAGGAACUGGGCCCCUUGCCGGCCAGCCACAGCCAUAGGGCCCAGCUACUUCCUGAUGGGCCUGGCCCACCCCUGGGCAACAACAUGGGAAAGGAGGAGGGCCAGGACGACCAGGACGACCAGCAGCCUGCUGUGUUUGGGACCACGGUGUGAGCUGUCCUGACAGAUCUCAGAAUCUGUGGUCACGGCCCCAUGGGGAUUCCACUCUUAGAGUCCUGGACAUCACCUAGAGGGGUCUUGAGACAUUACCCGGAUCCCAUCUAAACAUCACAACAAGUGAAAACUCAAGAUCUCAUUUAAACCCCCCCCCCCCCCCCAGUGCUGGAGUAUCUGCUACAUUCCACUGGUUUUAAAUAGUUUCAAAAACAAAUGAAGGUAAGGGUGGUAACUCUGGGAGGAGCAUUCUCCACCAGGCAUACACAAAGCCCAAGCCAGACAGGCACCCCAGCAUCAGUGAGAUGGUGGGGACUGACCCUGAAACCUCGGUGUUUCCUGUUUGGGACAGGGUCCCAGGUAGCCAGGCUUGCUGUCUCAGGAGUGUGGCAUGGAUCCCUGCUAGGCUGACAGGCUCCCACUACAGGCCCUGCCUGUGGGGAGUUUGUCUUUUUGCUUGAGAUGGGGUCUCUCUCUAUAACCCAGGCUUCCCUUGAAUCCUCCUUCCAAGUACUUGGAAUCUAGAUGUGAGCCACCGUGCCCUGCUGAUGGGAGCACUCCCUACCUUUCUUUCUACUCACUCUUGUGCCUCCUGAACCAUCCUUAAUGCCAAGACAAAUCAUUAAUCUUGGAUCUCUCUCCCAUAGCUCUACCCUUCUAGGAAGAACAAGUGGGUUGAGACACCACAACCCAGAGUGCCUCAAUGUCUUUCCCUGAUUCCACACUCAGUUCCUUGACACUCAGGUCUCUCUCAAAUGCCCCCUUCUGGAGGGGCCUUCCAACCAGCAUCUCUGAAGUCAUUCCUGCCAGCUGGUCACUGCCCUGUACUGUGAUUGUUUGGUCUAGUUUUUCUGAAGCUUAGUCUUAUGUAGCUCAGGCUGGCCUCUAAAAUUUUUAUGUAGCUCAAGCUGGAUUUAAACUUUUGAUCCUCCUGCUUCAGCAUCUCCAGUGCUAGUAUGACAGGCUUUGUGCAAACACCCACAGCCCCAUCCUGGGACCACCUUUUCAGUGGGAAGGCAGUGGCUAUGAAGCAGGGAAUUUUGUCUUCUGUCUCCAUCAGUGCCUAGCACAGCCCGGGAGGCCCUGCCUUAGCCAGGAGCCUUCUGGAUACCUGAUAAGCCCUUUCCUGGUUUCCAGGGACAAUGAUGUUUUUGUAGCAAGACGCCUUUUUGAUACCCUAAGAGAAUCUAUUUUUUAAAUCCUGGUUUCUGUGCUGCCUAGAGCCUAUGAUGGUGAGGGUGCAUUGCCCUUGUUAGAGCAGUGAGAGGAAGGGGCCCCACAAGCCCUUGCACCCAGAGGUGGUGUCUGUUGAAUUCCAUGACCUGUGCGCUCAGGGAAAUUGUCCUUGAGCAGCCACCAAGAUAGAAGGUAGGGGGUGUUCGAAACAGAAGGGCCUCCAGCCAUCCAGUCUACCCAGAGUCUGACAUGGACCCUCAGUGUGGGAGACAGAGGCCCAUUUUUUCUUGGGGAUGGAGGAAAGAAGGGAGCUAUCUGUAUAGAAGGCAGACUAGGGCCUGUCUGCACCAGAAUAAAUUGGCUAUUUCUCAA